ACCCGUAACACCCCACCCCACCCCACCCCACCCCACCGGUCUCUCGCUUCAAACCCUUCUCUUGAAUCCGUUCUCCUGGACUUCUAACUCCUCUACUCGAAUCCGAGUCCCGACUAUUGUUGUGUUUCGGAAAACCCUAUGUGAGGGAUUUGACUUGCAUCAGAAUGUUGUUCAAGAAUUCGUCUGCAUAUCCUCAUUAGGGAGACACGAAGCAGAUGUGGGAUAUGAAGAGAAGGCCUCACUUUCUUCUGGGUUUUGACCCGUCGCUGUUCUCUCAAAGACUGAGUAUACCUCCUAACUUUGUGAAGCAUAUGGAAGGAAGAGCUCCGGGCACAGCACUCUUGGUUGGUCCUAGUGGAAAUAAUUGGUUUGUUGACUUAAUCCUGGUUGAAAAUGGCCUCUUCUUUGACGAUGGAUGGACUGAUUUUGUUAGAGAUCACCUGCUCGAACAGGGAGAUUGUAUGGUUUUUAGAUACGAUGGAGAUUUGCAUUUCACAGUGCAAAUUUUUGACAGGAGCAUGUGCGAAAAGGGAUCUGCUUUUACUGCUGAAAGCUGCCAAGAUUUAAGCAAAUAUGACGGUAAUUUGGUGAGCAAAAGAGACAGGGAAAGGGCUCUCUUGGGUUGCAUAAUGGAAGGUGCACCGAAAAGAAUGAGAUGCUCACUAAUGCAAUCUGAAAGCAUUUGCAAGGACCCGGAAACCUGCUCAAAUGGGCAUACUGGAGAAGAGUGGGUGCAACUGGCUGAUGGCCAGAAUAGCUUGAAAAAUGCCGUGACCGUUGCUGUACCUCUUACAAUCUUUCCACAUGACAAUCCAGAUACAUCUAUAAGAAAUAGAACCAUCACACCAGAGAUGCUAUUAUCAGCAUCAGAAGCAGAGAAGAUAGCCCAAUCGUUUGCGUCUUCUUUCCCCUAUUUUACAAAGGUUAUGAAGAGAUUCAACAUAAGUGGUUCGUACACUCUGAAUGUCCCUUAUCAGUUUGCAACAGAACACCUGCCCAAAUGCAAAGUAAAGAUUGUGCUUCGUAACCUAAAAGGAGAAUGUUGGACAGUUAAUUCCAUUCCCACAACAAAAGUUCAAACAUCGCAUACAUUUUGUGGAGGGUGGUUGAGUUUUGUUCGUGAUAAUGAUGUUGGUCUUGAAGAUAUCUGCAUCUUUGAGCUUGUUUGCAAGUUUGAGCUACGAGUCCGAAUUCUUAGAGUACGAAAGGAGGGGAGGGAUGGCCAUGAUGGCGAGGCAAUUCAUGUAGGGAGAAACAACGCUUGCACUACAUCAGCCAAGAUUUCUAGACGCAAGUCUAAGAAAACAAGUGAUAGUGCUCAAAAUAUCAAGGGACCUGGACUUUGUUUUCAACCUAACAAUUUCAUCACUGAAUCAGAGAUGCACAAAAGAUUUGGUUCUCUUGAUAAACAGAUCUCUCACACUAGAGGCUGUAUGUCAAUGAAGUCAGCACCUGAAGAAAAGAUAGCUGCUCAGUAUUUCAGUUCAAAUUUUCCUUACUUUGUGAGAGUAAUGAAAAAAUUUAACAUCAGUGGUUCAUACACACUGAAAGUUCCCUAUCAGUUCUCUAUGGAACACUUGCCGAACUGCAAAACAGAGAUUGUUCUUCGUAAUCUAAAUGGACAAUGCUGGACUGUGAACUCUGUCCCCACUUUUAAGGUGCAGACGUUGCACACUCUCUGUGGCGGAUGGAUGGCUUUUGUUCGUGACAAUGACAUCCAGAUGGGAGAUAUAUGCAUCUUCGAGCUAAUUGGGAAGUGUGAAAUGCGUGUCCACAUUUGUGGAAUCGGGAAGAAGGGGUUGAACUAUCACAAUGGGACAAGAAAUCCUCCUAUGACGUGAAGAUCCAAAAGAAACUAGAUAUUGUGUUCACAUCCAAACUAUCGCGGUGAGCACUUGUUCUGAUCGAUACAUUCUAUUGAUGUUUGUGAUGCAAAAUCGCCCAAUUUGCUGGCAUUGAGUUUCAUUGCAUAGUGCUGCGAAAUUCUAGAUUAGCAUUGUGAAUGUGUCGUUCUUUUUUGAGCAUGCGGUAUCUGCAGCGCUGUGGAGCUCUGGGACAAAGUGAUGGUGGUUGAUCCUUGGGAAAUGAAUAAUAGUGCAAUGUUUGUUAAGGUUUAUGUAUGUAUUAAUUAUGGCAUUGUUGUGUGUAAAUUUUGUGGUGGAUAUGAUUGAUUGAUGAUGAAUGGAGAAAGAAUGAGCGAGUUAAGUUGAAGCUGUGUCUGGUUCUUGAAU